GUGCAUCUGUGGUGGGUUUGAUGGUGAUCAGUGCCUGAGCUCAGCUGAAGUGUUUGACCCUGCCACAAACCAGUGGUCCCUGAUCGCCCCGAGGAGCAGCAGGAGGAGCGGGGUUGGGGUGAUGGCGCACGGGAACCAGGUGUACGCGGUCGGAGGGUUUGAUGGAAACAGCCAGCUCCAGACCGUGGAAGCGUAUAACCCCGUCACCAACGCCUGGCAUGCCGUGCCCUCCAUGCUAAACCCACGCAGCAACUUUGGCAUCGAGGUGAUGGACGGCCUGUUGUUUGUGGUCGGGGGCUUUACCGGGUUCAGCACCACCGUGGCUGUCGAGUUCUACAAGGAGGACACCAACGAGUGGUACGACGCCCACAGCAUGAGCAUCAGCCGCAGCGCCGUCAGCUGCUGCGUGGUGCCAGGGCUCUCCAACGUCAUGGAGUACAUCAUCAGGCCACACUACUACCGGCACAACAACUCCACGGACAUCUCGUUCAGCACUUCAACUCGGAGCGCGCCAUUGUAAAUAGUUCCCCCUUAGCUAAGUCUUGUGAUCAACCACCACUGGAUGCUCCUGCAAAUAGUCCUGCUGAGCCAAUAAAGUCUUCUGAGCAUCCCA